AGGAAAGCCCAUGUAUUUAUUUAUGUAUUUUUGUCCGGAUACGCAAACGGGAACGGAUUUGGGAAAUUACAUAUAGCAUAAUUAAAAAGAAAUAAAGCAGGCAAAGAAGAUUAUAAAACAACCAGCAAGAAUGAAAAUACUUAACAGGAUCACGUAGGGAGGCUACAGAGGCUAAUGCUAAAAAGGAUCUGUUGCUCAAAUUGAGAAGGAAAAGCUGAUUAGGUCUUUUAGGGUUUUAGUCGGGAUUGACGGAGUGUUAGGACAUUGUUUUGUCUGCAGAGUGCUAGAAAGUUAAACGAAAAGGGGGGUGGGGGUUAACUAUUAGGCUACAGAAAUACAUCUUUUUCGUUUUCCACCUAUGCACUCUUGUAAUCGCGAACGUGUCCAUGUUUUUUUCCGGCAGCUGGACUGAGGUGCAUCUUCCUAACCCUUGACAAGGAUUUUGAUCUUUUGUUUUUAAUUUCACUUCCUUUUGAUACUGAAAACAUCAGAACAACAAGACCAUCUACAGCGAGCGGUUCCUUCUUUUUUGUGGAAAGAAUGACCCUGGAGUCCAUCAUGGCGUGCUGCCUGAGCGAAGAGGCGAAAGAGGCGAGGCGGAUCAACGACGAGAUCGAAAGGCAGCUCCGCCGGGAUAAGAGGGACGCACGCCGGGAACUCAAGCUACUGCUGCUGGGUACUGGAGAGAGCGGGAAGAGCACUUUCAUCAAACAGAUGCGCAUCAUCCAUGGCUCGGGAUACACGGAGGAGGACAAGCGCGGCUUCACUAAGCUGGUUUUCCAGAACAUUUUCACCGCCAUGCAGUCCAUGAUCCGCGCCAUGGAGACCCUCAAUAUUCCCUACAAAUACCCACACAACAAGGGCAACGCCAACAUUGUACGUGAGGUGGACGUGGAGAAGGUGUCCACAUUUGAGAACCCCUAUGUAGACGCCAUCGAGACCUUAUGGAACGACCCCGGAAUCCAGGAGUGCUAUGAUAGGAGGAGAGAGUACCAGCUCUCCGAUUCUACCAAAUACUACCUGAACUCCCUGGAGCGAAUCUCGGGCCACGGCUACCUGCCCACUCAGCAGGACGUCCUGCGCGUCAGAGUGCCCACCACGGGGAUCAUCGAGUACCCCUUCGACCUGCAGAGCGUCAUCUUCAGGAUGGUGGAUGUGGGGGGUCAGAGGUCAGAGAGGAGGAAGUGGAUCCACUGCUUCGAGAACGUGACCUCCAUCAUGUUCCUGGUGGCGCUCAGCGAAUACGAUCAGGUUCUGGUGGAGUCCGACAACGAGAAUCGUAUGGAGGAGAGCAAAGCUCUGUUCAGGACGAUAAUCACGUACCCCUGGUUUCAGAAUUCCUCUGUCAUUCUGUUCUUAAACAAGAAGGACCUUCUGGAGGAGAAGAUCAUGCACUCUCACCUUGUGGACUAUUUCCCUGAAUAUGACGGGCCUCAGAGGGACGCGCAGGCUGGCAGGGAGUUCAUUUUAAAGAUGUUUGUGGACCUGAAUCCAGACAGUGACAAAAUCAUCUACUCCCACUUCACCUGCGCCACCGACACGGAGAACAUCCGCUUCGUCUUCGCCGCCGUGAAGGACACCAUCCUCCAGCUCAACCUGAAGGAGUACAACCUGGUGUGACCGCACCCCUCCCGACCGCACCUGGGCAACCGCACCCCUCCCCACCGCACCUGGGCAACCGCACCCCUCCCGACCGCACCUGGCGACCGUUCGGCUUCCACAAGAGUGACUGUAUGAUCUGUGAAAACAAAAAAACAAAACAAAACCACAACAAAUUAUCGCAUAAAACACCUAAUUUAUUACUGUCCAUGACCUGUGUUAAGAGACUAUAGUAAAUAUUGUUAUUCUAUUUAAAAGAAGAAGAAAAAAAAUGUAAUUGGAGGUCUGCAGCACAGUUUUCUUUUUUUUUAAUGAGAAAUGUUGUGAAUUUUAUUUUUUAUUUUUUAUUUUUUUAAUCUCUUGUGCACUUGAGGGGUCAGGGUGUCGUCCUGGUGUCUCCUCUGCUUUUUAAAUCCCAACCCCACACACACACACACACACACACACACACACACACACACCCUCACCCACCCUCACUCCACCUUCUACCAUGCAGUCACCUGUUGUCCUCUACACCGAAAACCACAUCUGCGCUUUGGAAAAUCCUCUUCACAUUAAUGGACUCUCUCCCUAUCUCCCUCCUUGUCUCUCACUUUAUCUCACUCUCUGAAGGAUAAAAAGUAUUGAUACUGUGAUUUUUAAAUUAUUGAUAUAAAUUAUUAUGUCCGUUGAGGUACUAUCUGUUGCUCGGUUUGAGCUGGAAAAGGUUUUAACGAAACAAAAGUGUUUUAGAGUGGGGAGGCUGUGGUGUGACCUGGCUCUCACCUGGGCGAAGACCGGGCUACCUCAGAGAAAGCUCCCGCUUCGUGAAAGGUGUUUCACACGCUCUUCAGUGCCACCUUCUCUCUGCUUUCAAGUCCGUUUUUAUUACCGAUGCCAAACAAACAGCACGCAACACUACCCCACCCCACUCAGCGAGACGCAGUAGCCAUUUUGUGAACCGAGGACUGAGGAGAGUCUCGUUAGCCUCUGGGCUAAGCUCUCCGGGGAGGCUCGAGGUUAGCGGCUUUAGCGAGGCCUGAGGUUAGCGGUUUAAGCAGUCCUGGGUUGCCUCAUUCUUCUUCUUUUUUUGUUGUUGUCCAUUGUCUCUGAAAUGCCAAAAGCGCCGGUCAGAAAGGGGACCCAGCCCCUUGAACGCCAAGCCUGGCCGCCAUGUCGGCAUGCGUCCGGCGCGGUUUUUGUUCCCGCAGUGUUGGUGGCGGCACUGAGGGCGCGGUAGUGCUGAUGCCAAAUGGGACGGGAUGGCUCGGGGUGACCGGAGCUUCUGCCGGCCCCUGUCCGCUCGCUAAUUUGGGGGUGACCAAUGCAAGCCCGUGGGUGAGGUGGAUACAUUAUCGUGAGGUGACGUUUAGGUGGCACUGCCCGUGUUAGGUGGUGGGGGCCUGUUUAUGAUGUAGGACCAAUGCUGCAGCAGCUGAAUUGCGGAUAGGGGAAGGGUCUGUCUGUGUUGGAUGUGAAGGGUGUUGAUUGAGGUGGAACUCAUUUUGGUGGGGGUGGUAGUGCGGGAGAUACUUUCUGAGAGGAGGAUGAGGAGGAGGAGGUGGGGGAAGUUCUGAGACCCACCUCACACUCUGAGGCAGUGGGGCCAAUCCCCUCCUCGCAGGAGGGUCACAUGACCCACAUCUGACCAGAACGGUCCAAUUGCAGGCCAGCUCCAAUCUAAGGUCCAAGCAGAGUUUAGCUGAAGCUGGUUUGCUGAAGUCGGAGAGGAGUUGAGUGACGGGCUAGGCCUCAGGUGGAGAAAGGACAAUGGGCUCAAUAUGCGCCAAAGCUAGCCCUCAUCUCUGAUUGGCUACAGCUGUUCCACAUCUUCCCUUUCACAUGUUUUGAGUAUAUAUUUUUUUGUAAUAAUUAAACAUAAGCCUGUAAUUUACAUUUUAUUGAGGCAUAGUGCAAUUAUGAAUGCUAUAAUCAUUGUACAUACAUUCUCUCUUGCUUUUCUCUCUCUCUCUCUCUCUCUGUACACAUAUAUAUGUAUAUAUAUGUAUAUGUGCAGUAUAUAUAUAUAUAUAUAUGGCAGCAUCCAUAUUGGCUUUGUAAUCAUUAAUUUUUUUGGCAGAUUGAAUGUGCGGUAUUGAAAAUAUGUAUCUAUGUAAUUGUCUUGUAUGUCUUAUAGCUCUAAUUCAUUUUGAAUAAUGUUAUUUACUUUUUUUAAGAAGAAAAUACAAAAAAAUAGAAUGUACAUUUUUUGCCAGUUCAUUUCUCAGCAAGGAAAGCAUUUUGGUUUUUGAAACUUUGAAAAGAAGAAUAAUGCUAUCUAACAGAACGGUUUGCCAGUACUUACAAUAGCUAUUAUAGAUUUUGUUAAUUGAAUUUUGUAUGAAAAACAAACCAGACUAAUUACAGGGCUAAUCGUAUUUGUUAAGACGAAAACAAAUCGAGCAUGUGUGAUGAAGGACUGAUCAUCUAAAAUCUCUGGACGUUUUCCUUUUGCUUCCUAGUUUACUCUUUGAGAAAACCCAUGAGUUUGGACUACACUUACCAUAUUGCUUUUUGAAUAUAUCCUGCCUUGGACUACACUUCCCAGGGCACAUUCAUGAGUUUUUCCCUGCCUUGACCUAUAUGUCUCAGUUUACCCUGAGCAUAUUUUCGAGUUUCCUGUGUAGUCUUUAACAGUCUAGACCUAUGCAUUUUGGCAGUAUUGUUGUAGGUGCCCUGCCUCAUUCUGUGUAGAAAGGUGAUGGGUUAUUGGGCGCUGUUACCCCCCCCCCCCCUUCCUGUCAAACACAGAAAAGCAGUUUGGUUUUGUUUUACAUGCCUCUGAACUGGGGCAAACUGUUGAAUAAAGAA